AUGCCUACAUUGACGAAUUUGGGUCUUAUGGUAUAUUUUGCCUUGGUAUCACUUAUAGGUACGCUUGGUAAUGGGAUAAUUUUAUUAGCCUAUGGAAAUAGAUGGAAUUCAUCGAAAUCAACAUCAGUUAUAUUUAUACUUAUUCUUGCUUGUGUCGAUCUAUGGACAUGUCUUAUUGUUGUGCCAACUAUUGCUGUAAUGGAACAUCACAUGUUUGAAGUAUCAACGCCGCUGUGCCGAUUUUAUUCAUUUUCAAAAAUUCUCAUUAUAAUCUCAUCUUUUAUCAUGUCAUUUAUUGCGUUAGAUAGAUUUUUAAAUAUUGCGACACCACACCAUCGAUUAUUGAAUCCUUUUCGUGUUAAAUCAUUAUUAACAUUAUUUAUUUUAAUUGGCAUUGGAUUAGGUGUAUUAACGGCAUUAGCAUUUUCGUCGCCACCAUAUCGAGAAUCGUAUCUUGCUAAUUACACGCUAGUUUCUUUCAAUGAAACAGAUAAAUUAAUAUAUUGUUCUGAAGAAAUAUCGAUACUACUCGACCAUACAACGAACUCUUCACUCGAUCGAAUGCAAAGGGAAAAUUUAGAAAUAUCAAUUCCUCCAUAUACCAACAUAACAAAUCUGAAUUUAACUUACCUAUCAACUCACGUACGAUGUUUUGCUGAUACAUCAAUUAUAUCUGAAACAAUACGAGAGAUUUUACGACAUGUAUCAAAUAAAUUCUUUUUUACUUCAAUUGGUAUUGUGACAGUAUUUUAUACAAUAACAUUUGUGUUGGCUCUACAACGACAAAAUCCUCGUAUACGUGCCUUAAAAAAAAGCUUAAAUGUUUUGAAUAAAUUCAAUUCUCAUUCACCAACUUCUCAUCAAGCAAAUACUCAUAAUCAACAAGAACCGAACGAAUCGGUACUGCCAUCAUAUUCAAAAUUAUAUUCUUCUGUUAAAAAGAAAAUUUCAACUAGCAAAUCUAGACACUUAUCGACUGAUGACAAUGCCGAGUAUGCUAUGUCUAAUAUUAUUAGUAAUGACGAGUUUACUGAUCAAAAUAUUCUAAAUGAACCAAGAGCUGAUUUUUGUAUAAGCACAUCAGAAACAGGUUCGGAUGCUUUGCAAAUAUCAACAGAAAAACUCUCGAAUUUAAAGCAAGUUUCAUUUCAAAUCGAAGAUAAUGACAAUGCAAUAAUUAGUAAUAAUAAUGAUAAACAACAAUUAUCGUUUAGGACAAAUUCACUUGAUACAGAUUUAUACCUGAAGACAGACACAUAUUAUAGAUUUUCAUGUCCAUGUUCAAAAGCCCGACAAAUCUUAAUUAAAUUUCAUUUUUCACAUCCAACAUUUGAUAUAAAUCCAUGGUUAUGUUGUAGUUCUUGUUGUUUAAAAAAGCCUUCGUCAUUAAAUGAUCAUGACUUAUCAAUGAUAAACUCAACUGAAGAUGAAGCAUCAACAAUACUAACAGCAACAUUACCGAAUACUCAAGCCAAGCAUACACUUAUAUCAAAUAGUGCAAUAUUAAGAAAACAAUUACAUCGCUAUCGUUUAAAACAAAUACGCAUGGCAUCAACAUUCUUAUUAAUUACUGUUUCAUUUGUUCUUUUUUAUUUACCCUCAAUAUUAAAUGCUGAACGUUAUAUAAAAAGUCCUUUAAUGAUUUAUUAUUUAUAUUUAUGUACGCAUGCAUUAAAUCCAAUUAUUUAUUGUUUUAUGAAUAGAAGUUUACGUGCUUAUGUAUUUACAAUGUUUAGAUGUGGACCUCGACGAAAAGAACGUCAUAUUAUAAGUGGAGCAACAACGACUCUUGAAAGAUAA